UUUCCGUUUGCUUUCUUCAUUCUCUCCACCACCGGAUGGUGCCUGUCCAGUCCAAUCUUGAUGAUCUCAUCGUACGAGUACGUGGAGUACAUUGAUGGCAACAUGGUGGCCGCCUGCCUAUCACCAGUGGAUAGCUUCUGGCCGGCAUCCUUCUUCGUCGGCAGCAUCGUGCUAUUCUUCAUCAUCCCGCUCCUGAUACUGGUCGUACUGUACUCGGUAAUAGCGAAGAACCUGAUGGACAAUCCGAGCAUUAUCAUGUCCAGUGCGUCCAACGGCAAUCGUGGCAAUGUGUACAAGUAUCGCAAGCAGGUAAUCUUCAUGCUCGGAGCGGUGGUGGUAAGCUUCUUCGUCUGUUUGCUUCCAUUCCGGGCACUUACGCUGUGGAUCAUUAUUGUGCCGAGCGAGGCAAUCGUUUCGGUCGGCAUCGAGCGGUUCUACAUUCUGCUGUACUUCUGCCGCAUCAUGCUGUACAUGAACUCGGCCAUCAAUCCGAUCCUGUACAACCUGAUGUCGUCGAAGUUUCGCAACGGGUUCCUGCAGCUGCUCGGCUGCGGGAAGAUCGUACGAUCGGACAGUAUUUCGAGUGGGGCUCGCAAAGGUGGCGGUACGUUCCAUACCGGUUCGACGAAUCUCAGCAGCUCGCACGGUACCGGCUCAAGUCAGCGGAAAAUUCAGCGAGAGGAGAAUGGGAAUAGCAUUCGGCGACCGACGGUACAGUUUCAGCACCCGCCUGUUAGUGACGAGUGGCGCCCAAGUCAAGGUUCGUUAAGACGUCACAGCAGUAUCAUAUCGAUUCGAACCGUACCGAUGGUGGGAAAGUCAUGUUCCGCAGAUUCAAACCAAUAUGCAGAUGAUACAACGAUCGUACCGGUGCUCGAAAAUGGUAUUAACAUUGUGGAAGAAGAAGAAGCUGUCGGUGAAAACGUAACUAGUAACACAAGCAGCAACAAUUGUAGUCCUCGUCAGCAACAGCAACCACUGCCAAACAGUAACGGUUUCCAUAGGUUUAAGGAUAGGGUUAGGUUUAGCGGUUCGCGUCAGUCGUAUCGGGCAAGGUUAGAUUUUCACCACUACCGUGGUGGAUAUGUAGGUCACGGCCAUCUCACUGCCAUCAGCACCACCGAGGAGGAAUCCGUCGAGGAUCCAACAGCACCGUUGGACGAUGAACAGCAGCACCGAAGCAAUGACAAUAAUCGAAUAUCGCUGCUGAAAGCUGCCACCGCCGCACUUGCGACGGCUACCACAGCAGCUACAGCAACGGCGGUCGUGGUAAUAGUGACCAGCGGUUCGGUUGAUCUUGAUUCCACCGAUCAAGACAACCAUACCGAUGGAGCUGGUGCUAACAAUAGCGAACAGAUCGGCCACACAGAAAUGCAACGUUCGCAGGAAGAACGAAACGGAAAGGAAACACCUACGGCGUGCAUAGCCGUUGGUUCAAUGGAAUGUGAUAUAUAGCUCUCUGAAGCGUGGGAAUGUUGGGGUAGGUAGACAGGAAAGGAAUUAGAAUUAGCGUAAUGGAGGAACAGAAUGGAACGGCAGUUACAAACUGCUUUUGGUAAACGGAUAUUUGUGCAUUUACACUAUUGGAAGGGCGUUCUAAACGUCGAAUGGCUUUACUUUUGUGUGCAAUUGCUGUGCAAGUGGACUUGUUAGGGGAAUUUCGGGGAUGGACGCCGCAGGACGCGAAGCGAACAGUGGAUACCAAGUAUUCUACACAAGCUGUACAUUUGAAACUAUUUAUACACAACACAUACAAGAUCAGUAGAAUGGAGUGGUGGUGAAAAUUUUAUGUGUAAAAUUUAUCCAAAAAAUAAAAACUCAAACUAUCACGAUGGAGGUUCAUAAGAUUGAUAUGGUUGAUAUUGGUUGUAAGUAUUGCUUGAGAAAUGGACACUGACUGACACUUUGCAAAAAGGAACUUCACUCCGGCUUCUGUUUUGUGAUCAUUAUCAUGCUUAUUGUGAUUGCGCACACUUUCGCAACAGGGACUAGAACAACGGAGGAACUUCAUAAAGCCAUUUUU